CAGCUCUGGGCGGACUAUGGAAGUAUUGGAUUGGAUUAUAAUAAAUGGAAAACGCUUGGAAAUAAGUCAUAUUUAAGCAGCUUUGAUUAGCAAUAGUUGACUUCAACGGAGCGCUUAUUGGAGCACAGCCGCUACUUUUAUUUAGCUCGUUAUUACAGCUCGUCAAACAGACAUAGAGACGCGAAAUUAAGGACUUUCCCAGUUGUGAAAGAAGAGGGCGACAUUUCCCGUUCGCUCCUGGAUAAGGACCUCCUUCCCAAAUUUAACCCCUUGGAGGAACUGUGCCUAGAGUUGGUCUGAACUUCUCUGAAGAGACUCUGGGCUCUGCAGGCGGGGGAGGCGAGCGCAGUCCCUUGCGAAAAUGGUGCUUAUGAUCGAUCAGGCAGACAGAGCCCAGACUCCGUUUUCUUCUCCGGACCUGGGUAAACCCAUCAGGACCGAGAGAAAAGACUCCAGAAUUCAGAACAAGUUUGCUGUUGUGGACCUGCCAAAUAUUUCCAGUCCCGAGGCAGAGAAUGGAGAGGAGAGGCAGAGAAGAGCUGGGAAGUCAGUGUUUGAGUCCCAGCUGUCUGUGGACACUGAGUCUGAUCUCUCAGAGAACAGGAAGAAAACAGCUCUAAUGAGGUUUAAGCCGGUUGACCAGGCCUCGCUUUCACAAAGCCCAACAGACUGUGAGUCGAAGCUGGAGAGGAAGUCUGCCAGAUACAGCCAGUUUUCCAAAGCAAAUGCCCAGUAUCAUAAGCUCUUCAAAGAAAUAAGUAAAGAUGAGAUACUCAAACAAAGUUACACCUGCGCUCUACAGAAAGACAUUCUUUAUCAGGGAAGGCUUUUUGUCUCUGAUAACUGGAUUUGUUUCCAUUCCAAAGUGUUUGGCAGAGAUACCAAGAUUGUUAUCCCGGUUAUCUCUGUCACUCAUAUAAAAAAGACAAAAACUGCAAUUCUAGUACCAAAUGCACUUGUUAUCACUACAACAAAUGAGAGGCACGUAUUUGUAUCUUUCCUGUCUCGAGACACAACAUAUAAGUUCCUAAUAUCAGUCUGCAGCCAUUUAGAUAGGGACAAUACAGGAAGCACCCCAAUCACAUCAUCAGCAGAGAACAGCUUCAGAGGGGACUGUCCGUCAUCACUUCCACUGGACUUUUCAGCUGAUUUCUCAGAUCUUGAUGGAGUGGUUCGUCAGAGAAGAGAAGACAUGCUGGAGAGCAGCAGCUCGGGCUCUCAAACCCCAGACUAUGACAAGAUGACAGAGUAUUCACCGCUUUCUGAGAACUUUCUGGACGUGAUAAAGACCGGAGAGAUGGCAGUCCAUGCUGACAUUCAUCUGCAGGCCUCCAGCCCAAAGCAUCUGAAUGGUCCUGGUAAGGCAGUGUCAGGUGCAGAUCAGCAAGUGAAGGUUCUGCAGCCGCUGUCUAUCAACACUCUUCUAUUCAUCUAUCUGUUCUUGGUGUGUGUUCUGGUCUUGUCCUCAUGUUACAUGGCUUUCAAGAUCCUGGCUCUGGAGCAAAAGCUGAAUUCAUUGGGCCCGGCUGGAGAAUAUUCACAUGAGAACGCUCUCCAUCAUCGAGCACAGCCAGACAUCACUGCAGAGAUAUAUGGAGAACUGUCCACAAACCUGUUCAAAUUAGAAAAGAUUCAGAGGAACCUGCGGAAGCUGCUUGAGGAGAGCUGACUGGCCGUGUAGAAGCUGCAUCUACAAUAAAAACACUUUGAAGCCUUAUUCUUGAAGAAGAGGAUUCUUAUCUGUGCAAUAGUUCAACACUUUCUCUCUACUCAGGUCCACACAAACUGUUUUUACACAAAUUAUGUAUAAAGAAUCCUCUGUGUUAGUCUGAGAAAGAAGAAAAAUAAGCUUUAUUACUAGUACUGUAGAAAAGAGAAAUGUUUCUGUCUAGUGAGAAAAUGGGUAUAAAUGGGUCCUAAGGACUCGGUUUUUGUAAAUUUCUAACAUUUCAGAGGUCAGAUAUGUACAGUCUGCUCCCUAUGGUCAUUUGUUACACUUUAGAAUUGCUAAUAAAAUAUUUAUAGUGUG